AUGGGCGAACUCCAGCACUAUCCGGCCGAUACACCCAACGUGCCUUUCGCACAACGUCCGAUCAUCAUUUUGGGUGCGGGCAUUAUUGGCUGUGCCGCCGCGCGACAACUUCUACAAAACGGCUUUCCAGUCAUCUUGGUCGCUGAAUAUCUACCUGGGGAUCAGGAUUUCCGAUAUGCAUCCGCCUGGGCUGGAGCCGCAUGGCAUCCUGCGGGCGGAAUCAGUCCGGAAUGGAGAUAUCUUCAAGCCAUCAGCCAUCGUCAGUUGCUGAAAAUGGCACAAGAAGAACCCGAAUCUGGAGUCAGCAUUGUCGAUGCCCUGGAGUAUGUCGAACGACCUCCUGCUGAAAACUCAUCGGCAUGGGGUAGGACUUUGGCUGCCAAGUGGCGUGACCUGCAACCGGGUGAAUAUCCAUCAGAAUUCAGUUGUGGAUGGUCGUACGAGACUCUCGUCACCGAUCCCACCCUUCACAUGCCGUAUCUGGCCAAGAAGAUCACCGCUCUAGGCGGCCAGUUCAUUCGCAAGCGGGUAGAGUCUCUUGAAGACCUCUACGGCAUGUUCCCCGAGUCCAGUAUCUUCAUAAACGCCAGCGGAAUCGGAAGUCAAACCCUCAAGGACGUCCAAGAUGACUUGUGCUUCCCGGAACGGGGGCAGAACGUGUUUUACAAGACGGAAAACUGUCGCACCAUGUACUUCCGGAACGGCCAAGAGUACACAUACGUUAUUCCUCGACCCAUGUCUCAUGGCGUCAUCCUAGGGGGAGUAAAGCAGGCUGACAACCUAUCCUCCGAACCAGACAUGGAAAUCGCCCGAGAUGAAAUCGCACGCGCGCACCGUCUCGCUCCCGAGAUCGUUCCUGAGCAUCCACCCGAAGACACCCUCAGCUACAUUGUCGGUAUCCGACCCUCGAGGAAGGGUGGCUUCCGCUUAGACUCCGAGCAGCAGGGGAGCCGGUACAUCCUCUCGGCGUAUGGAUUCGGUGGAGGCGGCUAUGCCUUCUCGUACGGAGUGGCAGAUGCAUUGUGCAAGAUGGUGGAAAAGGCGGAGCGAGAGAAUGUGAUCUGA